AUGCCAGCCCCAUCCGCCCAGUACCGCGACAGCCCAGACGAUGAGCUUCCGCUCCUCGCUGAUGCUGAACCACGCGGGUCGAUAGAAAACGACGCUGUUACCCAGAUACUCCCCCAUAGUGCCUAUAGAAAGAAGACUGGGAGAUGCCACCCGACCGUAUUCGUUUUGCUCGCUGUGAUCUUGACGUUUGCGGUUGAUUUCGGUAGCUACCUAGGAAUCGCGCCUCAGACCCGAAUUUUCGAGGAUAUCGUCUGCAGGAAUUACUAUGAUAAACAUGAGCCCGGUAGAUUUCCACCAGGCGAGAUCCCAGAGGAUCAGUGCAAGAUUAGGCCUGUGCAGGCAGAAGUCGCCUUUCUUCAGGCUAUAAUGUCCAGCUUCGAGGCAGUUCCUACUGGUGUCAUAUUGAACCAGUAUUGGACUUUGUUUGUCUGUCUGUCUUCGAGCGUGCUGCCUUUACGAGCGAUCUGGUUCGGCUCUGUGUUUACCUUCCUUGGAGGUGGAUUGGGCGUGACAAAUGCCAUGGUGAUGACCAUGCUUACCGACGUUGUUGAGCCAGACGAUCGAGCCACGGCGUUUUCCAGAACUUCUUUGGCAGUCGUCGUUGCACAGCUUCUGGCACCCUCAAUCUCCUCCGGUUUGUCAACUUUGCAGGGCCCGUGGUUGCCAUAUUUAUUGGCAUUGCUUAUAAUCACCAUAAGCUUCCCACUUCUUUUUGUAUUGCCGGAGACCAUUCACUUGCGCCCUCCGCAAUCCGCGCUCCAGGAACCCAUUCACGCUGAGCACCGUCCUACUGAGGAUGAAUCGCGACCUGUCAGGGCUUCACCCAUCAAUUAUACCAGGAAACUCGUCUAUCGCGCAUGGGACUCGUCCCAAUUCAUAUUCCAGAGCCGUUCCAUAGUUCUUCUCCUCUCAGCAUUCUUCCUGACCGUCAUAGGACGCAAGCAAAUCGACCUCAUCCUUCUUUAUGCCUCAACCAGAUAUUCCAUCCCCAUCUCCGAUGCGGCAUAUGCCCUCUCCAUCUUUGCUGGAGGAAAUAUCUUUGUCCUCCUUAUCGUACUACCCUUUAUAUCACACUACGUCACUAAUAACCUCCGCCUUUCCAGCAAAGCCAAAGAUCUCUGUCUAUCCAAAGCAAGCGUCAUCAUACUCACAAUGGGCUGCUUUGCGCUUGGCCUCGCUCCCACAGUCGCCUUGAUGAUAUGUGGGAUUAUCGUAUACACACUUGGAUGUGCUUUCCUUCCUGUAUCCCUCAGCCUCGUAUCGACCUUUGUCGAACCAAGGCACGCCGCACGUCUGUACUCCAUAGUCUGCCUCAUCUCGAUGGCAGGCUCUUUGGUCGGCGGGCCAUUCCUAGCGCUUCUAUUCAACUGGGGGUUGAGUAUUGGGCCGGCUUGGACAGGGUUGCCAUUUUUGGGGACAGGGAUGGUGCAUGUACUUGUCGUGAUCGCUAUUACUCGAGUUAAACUGCCGCGGGACACACUUGAUGACGAGCAAGAGGAAGUGUCGGCUCGCAGGCCUACUAAUGAAUUAUAA